CACGCACAGCACAGAGCUCACCCACCACUUCCCGUCUCCUCUCUCCUGUCCUGUCCUCCACACCACACGCGGGCACGAGAGAGACACAGGGAGAGAAGAGAGCUCGUGCUUGCAUUUCCAUUGCCGGCGCCUCUUCCUGUGAUCGUCGCAGCAUCACGACCGCACCGCACCCUUGCGUUAGCUCUGUCUUCUUGUCGUACGUACGUUUAUUUCUUUGCUUGGAGCUAGCGGUAAAGGAGAUAUGGUGGGGAAGAGGGAGCGGGACUGCAAGAACCCGGUGCGCCGGACCACGAGCAUGACGGAGUUCGCGCUCGCGGCGGUGAUGGAGGAGGACGACGAGGAGGCCCAGCUGCCCGACAACGGCAGCAGCAGCAGCCGUGGCGGUGGGCAGCACCAGCAGGACUGGCUGUCCGCGCUCGGCGGCGGCGCCGCCGCAGCGCAGGAGGACUGGAUCGCGGCGUACCGCGCCCGCGCGGCGCCGGCAAAAGCGGGGCUCCGCCGCAACUCGGCCGACUACUCGGCCGUCGAGACCGCCGCGUUCCUCCGCGCCUGCGGGCUCUGCCGGCGCCGUCUCGGCCCCGGCCGCGACACCUUCGUGUACAAGGGCGAGGCGGCGUUCUGCAGCCUGGAGUGCAGGGAGCGGCACAUCACGCAGGAGGAGUGGAAGGACAAGUGCGCGGCGACGUCGAUCAAGGACGCGGGUGCGGCGAAGGUCGUCAGCGGCCGCCGCCGCGCCGGCGAAGGCAAGGCCGGGGGCACGGUGGCCGCGGCAUGACGAGGCGCACGCCCACGCAGAGGCUACACCUACUGCCAGUGCCAGCUUCUCCUCGACUAGGCAGCUGCAACUGCAAGCUCAUCAUCGAUCGAUCACUCGUCCACAACCACAUCUAUACCAGUCAGCAUAUUAUUAUUUAUUUAUAUAAACCACCAGCUUAGCUCAAUCGAUUAGUUACCCGGAUCGAUCGCUGCAUGCAUGCAAGCCGUACAGACAUCUACAUGUACCAUUAGAGCUAGCUCCAAGCAAAGAAAUAAUACCCUCCAAUCCCGAGAGGAAAUAAGUUCAUUCCUACCUCAAUCCUCUCCAAUCUCGAAGGGGAUUUGAGAUUUCUAAAGUAGCUCUUAGCUUGAUUUCAUUGAGCAGCAUGAGUAUACUUGUGUAGGGGGGGGGGGGGGGGGGGGGAGUUAAAAGUGAAGGGAAGGAGAAGGGGCCAAAGUGGCUGCCGCACUAGCUUUGCAGAUAUGCGCCGCGCCACAGCAGAGUCGCUGUUGGGGUCGUCAUCGGCUCAUCGCCAUAACCAAACAUGUUAUUAUCAGAACAAGACAGUGUGAGUUUCAGUGUUGAGGAAGAAUCUUGUGGGAUGCAUGGCGGUAUUAUUAUCCACCGAUACAAAUCACCAUUUGUACUAUUGUAGUAUAUACUACAACCGUCUUAUUAUUUUUGCAAGAGUCGUUAG